AUGCCUACGAAAGCAAGAAAACAAAUUCAAGGUCCAAGUCUUUAUAAAACGUUUGUUGAUGCUUAUAUGAAAGCUCGACCCAAUGAAAAACGAGAUGUAAAACACCAUAAUGCUCAAGUUGAAUGGAAUGAAAUAAAGUGGAAUGAAGAAUAUGUCAAGGAAAAAAUUGAGGAAUAUUUAGAAAUAUAUAAUGAACUUCGUGCCUCUUCAAACCAAGGUCUUGAACGCCUACCAUUACUUAAUUAUUCAAAUCAAUCAAAAACUAAUCGUAAUCGACCAGUAAAAAGAAUCAAGACAAAUCAAACAAAUAAAAGAACGAAUCAAAAUAAUAAUGAAAAUAAAAAAGAUGAUGAACAACCGAAUAAUUUUGACGAUUUCCAUGAUGAUCAUGAUGAUGAUCAAGAUGACGAUGGUGAUGAUAACAAUGAUCAAGAAAAAAAUAAAAAUAAAAAAGAUUAUCGUAUUAAAAAAUGUAAACCAUUUGAUGAAGAAUUGAUUGAAGAUCUACGAGAAUUACCACCUGUAGGUAAAGUUCCAUUAGAACCAUUAUCAAAAACUAAACGACAACCAGCACAAGAACGUGCUUAUAAUGAACUAAAUGCUAUUAGUGAUCGAAUAGCUUCAUUAGUACAAGUUGAUCAUUUAUUUGAAACAAAGCCUGAACUACAUCCUCAAUUAAAAAAACUCUAUCGUCCUGGCACUGGUCGACCUCGCGUUGAAGAACAAUGUCCUGAUUUAUUACAAAUAAUUGAAGAAAUUGCAAAAGCUGGUGGAGCAAGUGAUGAUCGAAGACGAUCGACAACUAUUCGACCUUGUUUGACAUUAGAUGAUUUAAGAGAAAAAAUUAAACAACGAGGUUAUGAUAUUAAAAGAAC